AUGUUCUCUGCACGCUUCAUGUCCUCGGUCGCUCUCUGCGUUGUCUACUUGACAACCAUGAACGUUGCCAAUGCUUCCCUUCUCCGUCGUGGUGGCCCUGAGAUCUGCACAGACGCUCUCGACGGCUCAGGAUGCGCCAACUACCAAGUCACGAAGGACUGCUGCGCCGCCGUGAACCAGAAGGCGUACUUCAACGAAGUUUCGACCGAGUGCUGGCCCUACUCAGGCCCCGCUGGCAACAGCGUCGACACUGGGGCUAUGGUGAAGUGCUGCGGGAGCAGGGGGAAGGGGAGUUCCGCAACAAAUUACGGUAGCGCUCCGGUUUGUUAA